AUGUCAGCUACUAUACCGUCCAUAGCGGCAAAAGUCAACGAGUGUCAGUUGAAUGAAGAUAUUCGCAGACGGGAUCAAAAGAUUGAUGAGUUGGAAAGUGUAAUAUUGCAACUAAAGAUGCAACAGUUAAAGAAUGAUCACGAGGAAGAUAGAAAAUUGUUUACAUUGGAAAAUUCGUUACAUAACAUCAACAACAAGUUGACUGAAGUAGAAAUGGUCAAUGUUGACUUGCGAAACCAGUUAUCACUUUGCCAAAACAUUAUUGGGAAGAAGAACGAGGAAAUCAAGAAAUUGAAAUUAGCACUCAAAGAUCAGCAAUCCAUCAUAUCAAGGGAAACGUUAAUUUUUCAACGUAAAUUGGAUGACCUUCAGCAGCAGAUUAACCAGACUAUUCAACUCAGAACAAAACUGGCUAUGAAAAGACAAAGCACCAAUCUAGAACAAAAGCCGAAUCUGUUGCGUAGGGAAGUGGAAGAGCGGGAAAAAGGUAAUCCUCAGGAUGAAGAAUUUAAAGGUGAAGAGUCCGACUCAGCAAUGGGUUAA